AUGGGUAUGAUCAGAAAAGAGAACAAUGUUGACGAGGAUGUGGAGAAAAAGGGAACCCUGUGUCCUGUUGGUGCAGGACCUGAUCUGAGCCCACAAGCAGCUGCAGGGACCCUGGAUGUCAGUGAAUAUCUAGCAGGGAAGGGGACCACGUGUGGGUGUGUAGUGGCACCCAGUUCAGGAGAGCAGUAUUUCUCUUUGGCUCAGGCCACUGGGGUCCAAAGCAAUGAAAACUGUGUGGUCCUUGGACAGCACCGUGGGGAUCCACAUUGGCUGCAAGUACUAUUGGCUUUCUCAGUAGCACAUCCAGGUCUACUGGCUAGGGACCAGGAUAGGAAACUUAAUGGUGGCCAGAGUCGCUGGUGGAGGAGCAAAACUGAGCAGGCCAUGCAACAUGAUGACAUGGCAGUUGGCAUGUCUGUAACUGAGCAAGAAGAGGCAUUAUCCCAUGAGGGGAGUAAUCUUUUCUCAGUUACUUAAAAAAAAGUUUUAAGAAGCCAUAGGUCAUUUUGGAGGGUCAUCCCAAGUACCGAGUUAAAGACAGAAGAGGCUGAGAAAAAAAAGAUUACUUAUGAUAACAGAGAGAAAAUUGAUACCAAACUCAGAAAUAUAUCUAGUGAUGUACUAUCUCUUUCAGAGAAGUUCUAUCCCAAUGCUUCACAAGCAAAGAGCAAAGUUCAAUUUGAAAAUGAAGGGGUCUAUUACUGUUAAUGGGCUGAGGCUACUGCUGGUGAUGACAAGAGAAUUGUGGAUCAGUCACAACAUGCUUUGAAAAUCAGCAAAAAGGAAAUGCUAAUGACUCAUACUAUCAGAUUGGGUCUUUAAAUUUCCUGUGUCCUAUUAUGAGAUCUGAGCUCUUCUGAGAAAGCCUGCUGUCUUGCAAGGACAACUUUUGAUGACUCCAUCGCUAAACUUACUACAUAGGAAAAGUCAUACCAAGACAGCACACUGAUAAUAUAA